AUGCUUGGAGUAGCUAUAGCAGUAUUCACUUACUAUACUACAUGGGUUUUCGUAUUACCCUUUGUUGAUGAAUCCAAUAUCAUCAAUUCAUUCUUCUUACCUCGUGAUUACGCCAUCAAAUUACCAUUAUUGUUAUUAUUACUUGCUGGAUUGGCCGUGGGUACUUUUAUUGGAAAUGUAUUGAUUAAAAAGGCUCAAAAGGAAAAAUUAAAGAAAAGUAAGAAAUCUGAUUAG